UUUUUCCGUAGACAUUCUAAAUUUUUGUUUGCGUAUCAACCCUUCUGCCGUCGGUGUGCUUCGCAUUCUGCGAAGUUCUGUCGUUGAAAAUGUGGCUGGAGAGAUGACGGAAGACGCUUUUCCUAGGACCAAUUUCGCGCAAUGCCGCAGGAGAAAAUCAAAGCCAAUUUUCGGGAUCGUCUGCGAGAAAAGAUCCGUCCCAAAAGUCAGCGUUCUGUUAUCCCUCGAGAAAGUGAAACGUCCCAAGCCCGAUGGGUGAACGAGAACUUGUCUCAUGAUCGAAAACUCUCGUCCUUAUUGAUCCAGGCCGAGGCUGAUGUUAUUUGUGGUCAUGGUGUGCAUUGGGAAUGGAACGAUGUGGAGUCAUGUUUGACGCCGUCUCUGGCCAGGAUUCUCCUCGACCAAACUGCAUUGACAUAUUUUAUUCAAUUCCUCGAACCGUUAGGAGCGUUGUGUUAUGUUCAAUUUUGGUUGAGCAGCCAUAAUUUUCGAACUGCUCUUCGCCAGUCCGAGAACAAAGACAGGGACUCGUCCAAAGUGGACUGUUGUCCCGAUGUGCAUCAAACCCUAUCAAAAUUGCUUCUUGAAGAAAUCGGGUCAGACCCAGACGACCCCGAAGAAAAAUGUUGCGGAAGUGGGGACCAUGUCGGGGCACGGAACAAAAUCCGGGUUGCCAGGACCGUCUCGGAUUGUAACCGGGCUUGUGGAAUCGUUCCCCAGUGGUCGGAAUCGGCGCCGUUGACUCACUUUCAGCACAUUGUCCGAGACGCUGUGAAAAUCUGCGACCGGCACUUGAAAUCCACUUCUUUGUGGCCGAAACCACUUCCCAGAGAUUUGGUUGAAACCAUUCUGCAGAGCGUUCGAGUGAACUCAGACGGCGACGUGUUUGACUCCGACAUAUUCCUUCCGGCGCAGGAUUUUGUCUUCCAAAUUCUGACCAAGGAUUAUUACACGCAAUUCUUGGAAAGUGACGCAUUUUACAACUACCGCAUUGACGUGCUGACGAACAAAAUAUUGUCGCUGAAAGACUACAUGGAGAAAGAGGGACAUUUGGACUUGGUCGAAUUUCUUCUGACCGCAGCCAGCAUAACUAGUCAGCUUCACAGUGAUUCCAUCUCCCCGGAAGCUGCCCAGAAUGAUGCUAUGGUGGUUUACGAUAGGUACAUAUCUCUGCAAGCAACUCAUGCUUUGGGAUUCAGUGACACGAUUCGAUUGGAAGUUGAAAUGAGUUUGUGUCGUGAGAACGGACUCGGUCCUGAUCCGAAAACAUUCGUGAGACCUGCUAGUGUUGUCAAUACUCUGCUUACCAAGCAUUUCUUCCCGGAAUUCUUGAAAUCUCAUCUCUACUACACGUACACGCAAGAACUGGUGACUACUUAUCAAUUGGAUCAUCUGAAUGCUCGGAAGAGAAUGCAAUCAUCGAGAAGUGAGCCGUCGAAGAUAUCGGACGAGACGAGAAGUGUUAGCAGUUCUCAAACAACAGGGAAAGCUCUGAAUGGGAUGACACGUUCGAGAGCAGAAUCUCAACCCAAAGGAGCGAGAAAAAUGUCUACGUCCACAUCAGCGCCUGUAGAUAUUAGGCACAGAGCAUCCAUUGAUCCGUUGCUUUUGCCGCCCGCUCAGCCCGAGGACCAGAGCAUCUUUCUGCGAGCUCAUUACCAAAUCAUACCAAUGAUGUUCAAGAGGUACCGCUUGAAAAGCGUCGCUGUUCACGUCGGAAUUCUGGUCUAGGACUGAGAACCCCGUCGAGUCCAUUCCGA